AUGAUCUGUGGUUGUUUAAUUUCAAACAAAUAUAGCAUGUCCUAUCAUAUAUUUAAAUUGUGGCAAGUCUUUUUACGAAAUAUUGUUUUAAAACAAAUAUUUUAACAAUAUUCUUUGCAUUUUCUCUUGUAAUUGUCAUAUUAUAUCAAAUACAACUGACAAAAUCUUAUAAUUAACAAUCUUAGAAUUGCGAUUUGCAGCAGUGAUGGUUCAAUCUCAAUACGCUUUGUCCUGGAAUUCGUACAAAACUAGCAUUUGCAAUGGAUUUAGCUCCUUGCAACAGAAUGCUGAGUUUGUUGAUAUGACUAUUGCUGCAGAUGGGCACUUUGUAAAAGUGCACCAAGUAUUAAUGGCUUUAGCUAGCCCUUACUUAAAGGAACUUAUUUCAUCUGCUCCAGGACAACACCCCAUACUAUUUCUUAAUAAUGUGUCCCACAAAACACUGUGUCUGUUACUUGAAUACAUUUAUACAGGCGAAGUACUUGUACCAUCUGAUGGGCUUUCUUCUUUUGGAGAAGCUGCGAAAGCCCUUCACAUAAAAGGUCUUGAAAAUAUUAUCAACACAAAUACUAAAAUGUCAACAAAUGUAUCGCAACCUGAAGAGGAUUUGUGCCAUGUUAGUGGGAUUAAAAGGCUCGCUGUUACUACAAGUGAUGGAACAGAACAGGUUAGUUUGCCAGCAGCUGCUCGAAAAAUUUACGUCAAACAAAACGUGGGACCUUAUAUAACAAAACCUGAAGUACAGUCAACAUAUAAAGACACCUCGCAAGAUUACACUGAUAUGGAAGACAGUGCUGUGCAGGACUCUGAUGACGAUGAUAAUCUACAGACAGCUGCUAAAAAAUUGGCUACAGACAAAUUGUCGUCGAAUCUACAAUUUACGGUGUCAAUACGCGGCUCUCUCCAGGUGAUACUUAACCGAUACAUCUACAAUCUGCACUCGGUCACUCAUCGCUCCGGCGUCCGUCGCUGGAGAUGUGUCGAUUACCGUAACAACAAGUGCAUGGCUUUUGUUGUCACUAAAGAUAACAUCGUUCUAAACAGGGCUAAUCUUCACAACCAUUCGUUCCAUGACAAGAAAAUAAUUGCUAAACUUGAAAAGAAGUCUGUAUAUUCUGCAUUAGACGACGUUAAAGGCUACAAAGAGAAGACAAUGAGCAGCGACAGUUCUCUCGAACACGAUGUCAGUAUUUCGCGAUAUUUAAUCGAAAAUGUAAAAUUAUAUUUGAAUUUAGUUAUCACUAUGAUACACUUUUUUUUUCCUAAUUUUGCUGUAGAAUUUUGGCGGCGCCAAGCAAAUGAACUUGGCUUACCUUUUACUGUAUACCGACCGGCCGCAAAACCGAUAUGCGUUAUCACUUGGGAGGGCACCGACACGACCUUACCCAGUAUCAUGCUGAAUUCGCACAUGGAUGUCGUUACUGUAUAUGAAACAGAUUGGUCCUAUCCUCCAUUUUCCGGCCACAUAGAUGAGAAUGGUGACUUAUAUGGUCGUGGCACACAAGAUACUAAAGAUGUCGCCAUACAAUAUUUGGAGGCCAUCAGAAAACUUAAAAACGACAAUAUAACUUUAGAGCGGACUAUACAUCUUACAUUAAUGCCAGACGAAGAAACAGGAGGCUUCGAUGGAAUGAUACCUUUUGUAGAGACUGCAGAGUUUAAAGCACUUAACAUAGGCUUUGCACUGGAUGAAGGACUGGCGUCAAAUGAUGAUUCGUUAUUGGCCACGUAUCAAGAUAAGAGGCCAUGGACAAUGGAAUUUAAGUUACACGGUGUGAGCGCCCAUGGGUCAGUAUUAUCGAAUGGGAGUGCUAUGGAAAAGCUGCAGAAGUUGAUCGAUAUUAUUAUGGAAUUCAGAACAGAACAAGAGAAAAUAAUGGCUAGUAGAGAUGCGUUGGAUUAUGGAGAAUACAGUACGAUAAAUAUUAAUAUUAUACAGACUUUUUGCAUGCCACAAUUUGGUCCAAGUCAAAGUGGGCACGUUUUCUACCUCUCGUAUUUGUUCGUACUAUCCUCUACGAAAAACGGUCAUCCUGUGGGUCCGCGGUACUCGGCGUCUCGGCGGUAG